GUGGUCCCGCCUCCACCAGGACCCCCACCUUCCUGCUCUGGCCUUUCUGUCCCCUGCGCCGCCGGCUCUCGCGGGGAGAAGGGGUAAAUUAUUUGAGUUGCCGCUUCUCCUUUAAGAAAAAAAGGCCCCGUCCGUUGCCGGAUGAAAGUCUCUGAAAAAAUGGCGGCGGUAGGCUAGAGGCGGGGUUAAGGGAACAGCGCGGGAUAGUCGGGCCGCGCGUGCGCAGGGCUAACUUAGCCCGCGGCAUCCUGGGAGACGAAGUCCUCGUUCGUCCGUGCUUCCAGGGAAAAGAGAGGAAACUAGAGGCCGAGGGAAGUCUGGGAGUUUUUGCACGAUUCACCACGGGAAACGUAGUUUGCUAGUCACACUCCGGAGAGUUUACGUUUUCCGUCCCAGAGAGGCACUGCUUCCGGGCCAGGCCUCAACGCCUGCGUACAGCUGGCACAAAUAUUGAGUCAAUUACUGGCUAGGGUUUCCGGAGAGGGCAGUCUCCUUCACUCUGUUAAACUGACGUCUGUGUAAGCUCUUCGAAGUGCCCUCGUCACAGUCCCUACUUCGUCUCCUCUGCGACCUGCGGUCAUUCCUCCAUCUUGCGUUGACCCUCUCAGCCCUGAGACCCUGGAGAUGCAUUAUUGGAGGAACUGGAACGUUCUACCCUCCAGGACAGUGAUGCAUAUGCAAAGCCUGUUUCUUGUCACCCAGAUCAGCAAUCCAAACAGGAGAGCAAGCUUCCCGAAAGUCCAAAAACCUUGUCAUCUCAGAGUCACACAAGUCCCUUGAAGGUGCAGCUCGUGUAUACAACCAAUAUUCAGGAGCCCAAUGUCUACAGUGAGGUCCAAGAGCCAAAAGAAUCAGUACCACCUCCUAAAACCUCAGCAGCUGCUCAGCUGGAUGAGCUCAUGGCCCACCUGAGUGAAAUGCAGUCCAAGGUUUCAGUGACAGCAGAUGCCAGCAGGAAACCCUCACCAGACAAACAGGAUCACAAGGCAUCGUUGGACUCAAUGCUUGGGGGUUUGGAACAGGAACUACAAGAUCUUGGGAUUGCCACCGUGCCCAAGGGCCACUGUGCUUCCUGCGAAAAGCCAAUUGCUGGGAAGGUGAUCCAUGCUCUGGGGCAAUCCUGGCACCCAGAGCACUUCAUUUGCAAUCACUGCAAGGAGGAGAUUGGCUCCAGUCCCUUCUUUGAACGGAAUGGCCUGGCCUACUGUUCCAAGGACUACCACCACCUGUUCUCUCCACGUUGUGCCUACUGUGCUGCUCCCAUCAUGGAUAAAGUGCUGACAGCAAUGAACCAGACAUGGCACCCAGAGCACUUCUUCUGCUCUCACUGUGGAGAGGUGUUUGGUGCAGAAGGUUUUCAUGAGAAGGACAAUAAGCCAUAUUGCCGAAAAGAUUUCUUAGCCAUGUUCUCACCUAAGUGUGGUGGCUGCAACCGUCCAGUGUUGGAAAACUAUCUUUCAGCAAUGAACACUGUCUGGCACCCAGAGUGCUUUGUGUGUGGGGACUGCUUCAGCAGUUUUUCUUCUGGCUCCUUCUUUGAACUGGAUGGCCGUCCAUUCUGUGAACUCCAUUACCACCAACGCCGAGGGACCCUCUGCUAUGGCUGCGGGCAGCCCAUUACUGGCCGCUGCAUCAGUGCCAUGGGGCACAAGUUUCAUCCUGAGCACUUUGUGUGUGCUUUCUGCUUGACACAGCUGUCAAAAGGCAUCUUCCGAGAGCAGAACAACAAGACCUACUGUCAACUCUGCUUCACUAAGCUCUUUCCACAGUAGUUCCCUUUGAUCCGCCAUCUACGUCGUGUUGCCUGAGACCAGGGCAGGGAAGAGCACACUUUGUUUCCCUGACCUUCACUCAGUGGGCUAGUAGAGUACAAAAAAUGAGCAAAUUAGGGAACUUCUGCAUGUUACUAGGCCCAUAAUCUUAUUUUUGAAGACAUUUCUUAUUAUGUAUUUGCAUUUAGAUCGAGAUCAUGCUAUCAAGGCCCUCUGGAGGUAUAUUUCUUGUCACGUCCACCCUCAACCCGCAAGGAUGACGCGACACCCGGAGCUCUUCUCACUGCAGUUUAUUCCAGGACUUUAUUCACUUUCUCUCUCUCUCUCUCUCUCUCUCUCUCUCUCUCUNCUCUCUCUCUCCUCUCUCUCCUCUCUCUCCUCUCUCUCCUCUCUCUCCUCUCUCCUCUCUCUCUGGGCAAACCUCUCCCAGCCCUUAAGUAGGCAUGGGCUACCAAUCCCGGAUUGCCAGGUGGGCACCGCCCAUAGGCCCACGCAUGUGCAAGCAGCUGAUGAUCAUUGUGUGAUAAUAGCAUGAGUCAGGUCUUAGCCAUAAUUAGGAGCUGAUUAUCAGAUGUGGCUUCAUGCAGCUCGCUACAAUUUGUCACGUGCACAAUUCAUUCCACCUCUGGUUUUCUGUUUCUCACCUUUUACCUCUACUGAUGCCCCUCUCAGACCUUCAGCUGUGGGCCCCAGAAUCUGACUUUUUCUUUUCUCUCAGGAGUCAUGACUCUACUCUUAAGCCCUUAUAGUGCCUUCCCUCAAUGUUUGCUAUUUUAAGAGGAAGUGUAUUUUAACUGACAUCUGUGUGAAUAAAGCAGCUUGUGGUUUUGGUGACUCACUGUCAUAUUCAUGUGAUAGACAAAUGUUUUGCUUCCUAUAUUAUAGAACACCAGGUCCUAUUGCAGCUAAAUUUGUACCUCCUUUCUUCUUUCCUCGCAUAUAGCAGUGUAAACCCUUUUUUUAAUCAGAAAAAGCUAAAUGAUGAGACUUAUUGUUUCUAACUCUUCUCUUUAGUUUGGGCCUUUACCCAUUUUACUUUUCAGACUGAAACCUUUGAAUAAUUACAAGGUAACAAGUCUUUUAGAAUCUGUCUUCACUUUUUUUUUUUUAUCUAAAAAGAUCUGGUUUCCCAUUAAAUACCUUAAAAAUACAUUUCAAA